AUGGGUAUCGUUCAGCGACGCCAGCAGGCGGCUCAACACGGAGCGACGGAUCUGCGAAUCGAUACCCUCGCUCUCAGCAGCGACUUGGAUCCGCGCCGCCGACCAGCUCCCCGAGGACUUGAACUUGCAGCACAUACAGCAGGACUUGAGAACUCCACUACCACAACCACAUCUUCGUCACCGAGUACAGACGACUCCUACACCUUUUCAUCUUCAAAAGAAGAAGAUGCAUCCGUAACAUCCCCCAACAACCGCGACAGCUACUACACGCCCUCGUCGGAGCGCCACGUCCGCUGGUCCGCCGAACUAGCCGAGAUCAUCGACAGCUCGCCGACAGCCUCCAAGAACCCUCUGCAGAAACUCUUGCAUCGCCGGUCGUCGAGUGGUGGUGGGAGUGCUACUACUACGAGCAGUUCGCAUCAUCAUCAUCACCAUCACCAGGGUGGAUUGUUGGUCUCACCUAAUCCGGCCGAGGGAUCGGAGCGGAAGCAGGGCCGAAGGAUCAUGACGCCGAGGGAUGCUGUCAGGAAGGCGAGGAGGAGUGUGUGA